AUGGCAGAAGCCCUUCGGUACGCACUUGCUGCUCAGAUAGGGUUAGUGCUAAUUCUUAAUAUAUUAUAUUGGAGCUAUAUGCACAAGGGAACAUACUCCUCACUGGUUCUGAAUCAUGCUUAUGACUCUUCUGCGUUUACACAGAUGAUAAUAAAUGAUGUUAAGGAUAAGGCGAAAGGUAGUGCAAGUGAAACUGACGCACCUGCACCACAAAAUAAGGGUAACCGCAAGGCUGGGAAGUCAAAUGAUUCUAGUAAAAAGAAGGAUGGUGCCCAAGAAAAACAAGCUAAGUUAAAGAUGGAAGGCUUUGUGUUACCAUAUUCUGAGUCAACUCGAAUCUUGAAAGACAAGGAAGUUAUUUGUGUGAAAAGAAAAGAAAUGGCUUUGAAUGAAGCAAUAGAGAAAGCAUAUGUUGAUAAUUUGGUUGACUAUGCAGAAGUCAACAGGAAGGAACCUCUUCCACAAAAUGUAGGGGCUCAAGGAGUGAACAUCUUCCAGCAAAUGUGGAACGAGUUGAACAAGCAUCUACUGCACCUGAUGAGGCUAAAAAGGGCCCUAGUAGAACUGUUAGAAGGAAAAAAAGCUAAGAAACAAAGGAAGCAGGAACUUGCUAAAAUUUCACAAAAGAUGGAAGGUUUUGUGUUACCACCAUAUGAUUCAACUCGAAUCUUGAAAGACAUGGAGGUUCUUGGGUGGACAUAUGUUUGUUACUUCAGUGUGAAAAGGCAAGAAGUGGCUUUGAAUGAAGCAAUAAAGGGAGCAGAUGCCGGUGAUUUGCAUGACUAUGUAGAAGUCAACAGGAAUGAAUCCGUAAAGAGUGAACCUCUUCAAGAAAAUGUCCAAAGAGAUGAACAAGCAUCCACUACACAUGAUGGGGCUAAAAAGAUACUUGAAAUUCGAGAAGGCGGGGGAAGAACUUAA